UUGUUGUUAUUAUCUCAGAAGCGUUUUGUUAAUUUCGUCAACUAAUGCAUUAUAAUACCGCGAGUGUCGCAAUUAUUACCAAACCACAUGUACAUAAUCAACUGAGCAACUGCAACAAAAAUGUAGCCAUAUGUUAAGCGAGUGUGUGCGAAUUUGCAAACCGUAUGCCAUCAAUUUAGCAAUACGAAGACGAAGACACCACCCACAAAACUGACAAAUUGAACAUUUGCGUUUUGUUUCUUCACUCAAUCAGUUCCUAUUAGCACACCACAGUUGGCGAGUCGUUAAACACAAAUUGCGUAAAUUGCGCACUGAUUGUGCGUUAUUCGUGGGGCCACAAUUAACAAAACAUUUCGUGCCCGCUGGUGAAAAACCCACCGACGAUCGAACGGGCGAAACAACAAUAGGAACAGAUAUAAAGCACUUGGCGCUUGGCCAUGUCGUGCGGCGAGAAUAACGACAGCUGCCCCAUAAAAGACGUUAACAGCGACGUUCACGGCUAAGGCUAAGCCAGCAACAAUAGCAGCCGAGACCUGGGAGACUUGUUAAACGUUUCAGCCUUCGCCCCAGGCCCCCGCCCAGCUCAGAUGGGGCGCACGGCCCACUGCUGCUGCCGCCUGCAUUAGUCAUAGGAAACGUGAAACGAAAAUGCGGACUAGUGCGCCGACAGCGAACAGUUCAAUUGGGGCUACGAUGUGGCUACGGGUUGCACAACAAACAGCGAAACUCGAGCAGCUAUAUGGGAAUUGAAUGUAGUGUAAAGUCACAAUAUUGGACCAGAAGGCAGCUGAAUUUUGUCUAAGCGACGCUAAAUGAUAGAAGACUUGGGCAUCGAGCGAACGUAAAUAUGUUUAAGAUUCGACAACGGAAUUGUAUGCUGAUUGCCACGGUGCUAAUAUUGGUGCCCUGCAUUGUGAUAUUGAUGGUAUUGGGACCAGAACUAUCCACCGAACAGUCGCUGACGCAACGUCUGGCCGAGUGCCACAUGCGGCUGCAAUAUCUGGAGUCCAUGUACCGUGCUCGGCAGGAGGACGUCUCGCUGCUCUCCCAGUACCUGGGCCAGUUGCAGACAAACAAUGGCAGCAAUGUGACCAAUGUGAGUCCGCCGCCGCAGCCGGUGUCGAACCUGCUGGAUGCGCUCAGUCCAGAGACACGGCAGUUGCUGCGCAACGCCUCCCACGCGUCCAGAUCGGGUGGCUCUGGCUCGACGCGUGGCUAUGUGCCCGCACAGAAUAUACGCCUGCCGAACGCCUAUCACUUUCUGCCCCAUCUGCUGGACGACGCUGGCUCCCUGCGCCCAGCGUAUUUCCAGAGCAAAGGCCGCUCCGACGUUAGCAUCGUGCUGGGCGUGCCGACGGUGCGGCGCGAGAAGCAAUCGUAUCUGCUGGCGACGCUGCACAAUCUCAUUGAGAACAUGAAUGAUGAGGAGCAGAACGAGACUCUGAUCAUUGUCUACAUUGGCGAAACAGACCUGGAUGCCGUCCAGCUGAUAGCCAAGCAGAUUGAGACCAGCUUCGAGGCGCAUGUGGAGAGCGGACUUAUAGACAUUAUAGCGCCAGCGCCUAGCUACUAUCCAAACUUUGAGCGGCUGCGCAUCACGCUGAACGACUCCUUGGAGCGCGUGAAGUGGCGCAGCAAGCAGAACCUGGAUUUCGCCUAUCUCAUGGCCUAUGCCCACUCGAAGGGCACCUUCUACGUGCAGCUGGAGGAUGAUAUACUGACAAAGCGGCAAUUUAUAACCACAAUGAAGAAAUUCGCGCUCAUCAAGAGCGCUCUGACCAAGCCGGAUCAGCCGGACUGGUUCGUGCUGGACUUUUGCCAGCUCGGCUUCAUUGGCAAAAUGUUUAAGAGCGCCGAGCUGCCAUACCUCAUAACGUACUUUCAAAUGUUUUACAAUGAUAAGCCCGUUGACUGGCUGCUCACCUACUUCAUAGAGUCGAAGGUGUGUCGCACGGACAAGGACCAGAAGCACUGCAAUCUGGAGAAGGCAAGGUAUUGGCAGCACUUCCGCAAGUCGCUGUUCCAGCACAUUGGGACCAGCUCCUCGCUAAAGGGCAAAGUACAAAAGCUGAAGGACAAGCAAUUCGGCAGCAAGGUUCCAUCCUACUAUGCGCACRCGCACAAUCCGCCCGCGCUGGUCAAGUCGAAUAUAGCGCCGUACAAGAACUAUUUGCUGAAGCGCGCCUAUCGCGGCGAGACGUACUUCUGGGGUCUGCUGCCGCAGCCCGGCGACCUGGUGGAGUUCAUCUUCGAGCAGCCGACGCAGCUGAGGCGCUAUCUAUUCCGCAGCGGCAACUCGGAGCACCCGUCGGAUCGCUUCUACAAUACCACCGUGGAGCUGCUGCCCGCAGAUAGCUUAAGCGAGAACUCGUCCGUUUGGAGUACCUACAAUACGACAACGGAUGGCUAUCUGGUGGUGGGCUCGUUCGAUGCGCUGGGCGUGGCCGAGGGACAGCUCGACCCGAAAAUCGGGCCCCUCAAGGAGCUGCGGCUGCACGUGCACAGCGACAGCGAGAACUGGGCGCUGCUCAGCGAGAUCGAGCUGCAGCAAAUGGACAGCAAUGCCAGCAGCUUGGAGGCGAACGCAGCCAAGCCGCGCUACAUCGCAGCCAGCUGAUUGCUGCAUCGCCAUCGGCGUCCGCAGCAGCAGCCGAAUAACUGUAGUGGCGACAUACCCAAGCAUUGAUGUUUUUCCGCAAUCCGUGUACAUCUAUUUGUCUGUCUGUGUAUAUGUGUGUAUAUUUUUUGAGCGCUACUUUUAAAGCCUAUCAUCUAAAUGUGUAAAUAACUCACCUCCAGGUAUAUAUUUAUAACGUCUAACUGUAACUAUUUAUAACUGAAGCGAAAGCUGAGUUUACACGCGUGUAAAUGAUUAUUGAUUUGGAAUUGAAUUUCAGAAUGCGACAAAGCAUCAAUUUUUCUAAUACUGAAUACAAACAACCCUAAUAAAGCAUUCAGAAUGAAUCUAACAUUAUUUUUGCUAAUAUCUGUGACGUGUGAACUGUUUCGAUCAAACAUUGAAAGUCUCUAAAUAUAUAUACAUAUUAUGUAAGCGAAUUGUACCCACAAUAUGUAACAUCUAUAAAUGUCAUGCGUAACUGUCUUAUACUCGGGAUACACUAUAAGUACCGCCACGUUGAGCCAUAUUUAUGAGAGCGAAGCGAACAAAAUUCCCCGUAAACUUGCUAAGCACGUUUCGAAAUUGUAAUCUUAUCAUACCCAAAAUAUUUCCUCCAAGUGCCCCUUCGAUUAUUUCAUUGUGUUAAUAAUACAUAAAGUAUACAAACAUUGUAUGAAUAUGAAUUGUGCAAGACGCAACUGUGCGCGCUCUGAAUCGAUCUAUUUCGAAUUGUAUUUAAUUUUUUGUUAUUUUCCGUACUUUUCUAAAUAUUUUUAAGUGUUAUCCAAUGUGAACUAUUGGCAACUAUCUUGAAUUAUCACAUUCCACUAACAUUUACUGCUGAAUUUUAGAGUUUUAUUUUAAUUUUGAAUACGCUCUUGAAUUUCCAGAUCUGUCAUCCAUCUGCGAAAGAACAAAUCAUCCUUAGCGCAUAUUCUCAAUUAUUGUUAUUCUCAUCUUCUAUUAUUAAAUUGUAAUUUUAGGUACAGUUGCGUACGUUUUGCCGAAGCCAUAAAGCAAAUAUUAAUAAUGAUGUAUUAGAUAAUCCUUAUAGCAUAAUCGAAAAGAAAACCAAAAUGCAUUACGACCAUUUUAGCAUUGUUGCUUUUUACUGUGAUUUGUUAAUAAUUUUUGCGCGAACAAUGAAGAGAACAAAUAACGACUAAAACGAAUUGAAUAAUUAUAAUUCUUAUAUUGUAUGUUUAGUAUUUAAAUUGAAAUGUAUAACAAUUUUUUGCUGAUUAGUCAACUAAAUUGAAAACGAGAAUACUUUUUUACACAAAAUAAUUAAUAAUUAUAUUAAUAAUUAAAAAUUUAUACAGUAACAACAAUUGGAAAGAUUGCCAAAUUUAUGAUAGCGUUUAAAAAAGCAAAUGCGAAAAGAUUAAAUAUUGAUACUUUGGUUCCUGUUGAGUAAACGAUAACAGAAAUAUAUUGUUAUAGUUAUAUAGUGGCAUAUUCAAUUCAAAUAUCGAAUUCAAUUCUUUCGGUGCUUUAAGAUAUUCAUUACAAAUAUGCCAACUCAAA